UUUUUUUUUUUUUUUCACUUUUUGGAUUUUUUCAGGCAGGAAUCUACAGCAGAACAGCACGGGAAGAGCUGCACCACAGCAGCCUUUUCUGCUUUUCCCUCCUCUGUCUCAGAUGUGUUUCCACGGAUUGUGCGUUCAUAUUCCUCUGUGACGGAUCGUCUGCAGCUCUGGAUUUUACUCCGCGGGGAUUGGACUUUGGUGGCAGCGCCAGAAUCGGCCCCAGCUCAGCACCAACGCUGUAACCUUACCAAGGAAGGGGAAAAAAUCCUUCGUGAGGUGGCCUGUUCCAGCUGAAAGGCGUCUGCCGCCUGCGUUGCUGCUGCUAUGUUACAGGAGAGGAGGAUCAUCUCGGCGGCUCGGCCACGUCUGCCAGCAGGCUUGUGAGGAAGGCAGGCUGCGAGCGUUGGUUGGUGGAGGGAGGCGAAACAGCAAGAGAGGGAAGGGUAUGCUUCACCGUACCAAGUACAACCGCUUCAGGAAUGAGUCAGUAACAUCGGUCGAUGAGCUUCUCCACGGCCUGUCCAUGAACACCAAGGUCUCGGCCACCCCUCAGUCUGCAGCCGAGACGCCUUACACGCCCCCAACCGAGGUCCAGUCCUCCUCCGGCGCCUCUCUGUCAAACGCUCCCACCAGCCACGGCUCCGACCACCUGGAAGAUGGAGGCACCACCCUUUGCACCCUCAUCAACAAGGUGUCCAACCUGAAAUUUAGCAACUCGGGCAGCCUGCUGGGAAUCAAAGGUCUGCCCUCAGCUGUCAAGGACCUGGCUGUGUCCAAGCUGCAGGGGGGUGGGGGAUCAGGGGGCUCCAGCGGCUCCAGCCCCGGUGCGGCCACAGCAGCGGCUGCCUCUGGUGUGGGAGGCUCUCUGUGCAGCUCUCAUUCCAUACCCUGCUCACAACAGGAGCCUGCAGUCAGCAUGAGCAAGAAGAGCCGGCUGGACGAACUUCUGCCGAGCGGGGAGGACUGGAACCCAGGCGGAGGUGGUGGAUUGGUGAGCAAACCUUCGAGAGGAUGGCUUCACUCCAAUGAGAAGAUUUCUGGUCCAGGAGUCACAUACAUCGUAAAGUAUCUGGGGUGCAUAGAAGUACUGCGGUCAAUGAGAUCCCUGGAUUUCACCACAAGAUCACAAAUAACAAGGGAAGCCAUAAGCAUGGUGUGUGAAGCUGUUCCUGGGACCAAAGGAGCCCUCCGGAAGAAAAAGCCCCCUUCCAAAGCUCUUUCCAAUAUUUUGGGAAAGAGUAACCUGCAGUUUGCUGGCAUGUCUAUAAACCUAAAUAUCUCCACCAGUAGCCUCAACUUGAUGACCCCCGACUGCAAACAGAUCAUAGCCAACCAUCAUAUGCAGUCCAUUUCUUUUGCAUCAGGUGGAGACCCCGACACAACAGACUUUGUCGCCUAUGUAGCAAAAGACCCCGUGAACAGAAGAGCGUGUCACAUCCUGGAGUGCGCUGACGGCCUGGCCCAGGAUGUAAUCAGCACCAUCGGCCAGGCGUUUGACCUUCGUUUCCAGCAGUACCUGCAGUGUCCCUCGAACAAGCCGUCCUCCACACACGACAGGGUAUUGAACAUGGAGGAGCUGCCAUGGACAGAAGAAGAGGACGAGUCAGCGGAUCACCCUUACUAUAACGGAAAAAUGCCACCUCCUGGAGGCUUCAUAGACACUCGACUUACCAACCAGAAUGCAACGUCUGAAGGAUCUCAGAUGGCUGCAGGCUCGGUGGAUCAGACGUAUUAUCAGGGGCGGCAUUGUGAAAGCUGGGCAGAAGAAAGACGGCCCAUCAUUAUUCAACAGGGAUCGUUUGACAUCGCCGGUUUGCCUGAGAGCAAAGGUCAAACGGCAAAAACAGGAGACAUGCCCACGUAUGUGAACACCCAGCAGAUUGAUGCGCAGGUGCUGGCGGCGCUCCAGGCGGAGGCAGAAAACGUGACGAAGGGCAUGGCAGCCAAAGACAGCCCACAGAAGGACCUGUUUGACAUGAAGCCUUUUGAAGAUGCCAUCCAGUCCCACCCACCGCCUCAGGGGCAGUCCCAGACGCCCGUGUCGAAUCUUCACAAGGUGGCCUCUGUGGACAAUUCCAGCCCCCUUCUCGUUCGAUCGCUGGCCUUCCGCACACAAGAGGAGCUAGAGGACCAAACGUGGUACCACGGCAAAACCAGCCGCAGGGAUGCUGAGAAACUGCUGAAACAAGACGGGGACUUUCUCGUUCGCAAGAGCACUACCAACCCAGGGUCCUACGUACUGACAGGGAUGCACAGUGGACUAGCCAAGCAUCUUUUGUUGGUGGACCCAGAAGGCACGGUACGCACAAAAGACCACAUAUUUGACAGCAUCAGCCACCUUAUUGGCCAUCACCGUGACAACAACCUGCCAAUCGUGUCAGCUGGGAGUGAACUGUGUCUCCUACAGCCUGUUGCAAGGAAACAGUGACGCUUCCAAUGCCUGAUGGGAAACGUACAGCUUUAAACAGCCUCCCAUCGCUGGGACUCGACGAUGAAACAUCAGAAGAUGCCUAAAGGAUCAGUUCACUCGGAACUGUUCUGGAAUCACUGGGAGGCGCAAGAUUUGUUAAAGAGAAGAAAAAAAUAUGAAUAUUUCUAGAACUGUUAAUUAUUUUGUUGCGAUGACUAAAAUGCUAUAUUUUUAAGACGAAAACGGUGCAUUUGGACAUAAUCUUGAUUUGGUGUUUUAAGGAGGUAAUAAAAAAAAGUAUAAUUCUUGUAGUUUAGAUGAUGUGUGAAUUGAACCUUGAAGAGAAUCAUAAAUAGGAGAAUAUUUUAGAAUAAAAUUGAAAAAGUUUAGUUUUGUCUGUCAAGCACAACCAUAUUUCUACAGAAGCUGUGGGAGAAACGAGUUUGAGGAAGCAGAGGCUCUUUUUGAGGAAUUCGAGUCAGACUUUCGACUUAAUCAAACCUGCUUUUAUCGACGUUUAGAACACGUUUUUUGCUUCGCAGUCGUCACAAAGCACCGGAGUACAAGCGGGAUCCUCAUCUGUUUGUCGAUGGCUUUAAAGAUCCACUUUUUACAGAGUAUUUUCUUGUGUCACUGCAGCCGCAUGACUUGAACUCAACUGUUUUCGUGGCCAUAUUCGUAGAUCUUGAUGCCCUUUUUAUUUGGAGGAGGUGCUUGUGUAUGCGGACACUGUAAAAUAUUUCUGCUUUUUAUCCUAUUUUCAGAAUUCUUAUUUCUUUUAGGUGUGUAGUCGGUGAUUCGUUUUUGGUGCUUCGGUGGUUAUUCUGACAGUCUUUCUCAACAUCUACUGCUUUUCUUUCUUUAUAUAUAUAUAUAUGAGUUUAUUUUUAUUAUUUCUUUAAAACAAUUACUUAAGAAUAGCACAAUCAAGAUGUUGGUUGUACCAAGAUGUUUAGAAACUUGCAUUGACACGUUUACUGGUACCAGUUCUGUAAUGAUAUCUCCAGGCAUGACCUCCAUGUAGCCACUAGAUGUCACUACAGCACCACCUAUUUGCUCAAGUCACUCAACUGAGGAAUUUUCUGCUUUUAAACCUUAAAAAGUUUUAACGAAUAAUAAUUAGCACAUUUUAUUUUGUCAAAGAGAAAAAUUUCAGCCCGGCUAACAGAUUCCACCCUCUGGAGCCGCCUCUUCACCAUUCUUAUCGUCUGAUGGAAACCAAAUGAAUGAGGUAUUUUUUUAUGCACUGGACCACUUCAUUUGAACCAAAUCAGUGCGUGUUCAAUGAGAUUGACAAGACAGAUGCAAUGUAAAAUAACGUGCCUGUGUUCUGCUGCAAAGAGGGAGCUUUCAUGCAUCUCACUACCACACAUUUAGCCAAAAAGGAGUGUUGUGGUGGAAGCACUUCUACACCUUUCACUUUUUUUAAAUUAUUUUUCUAAAGCACUAUGCUAACAUUAGGGAUUCCUUUGAAGCAUUAUUAUUAUUAAACGACUCCAUACUUGAAGGAUUUGAGAAAUCAGACAACCAAACACGCUGGGACACUAAUAGGCGUCUUUACAGUUUUACGUUGAUGAAAAUGUGCCUUUUAUUUGUACAAAUAGUGUUUUCUCUUUCUUUUUUCCCUCCUUUUCAAAGUGCAAUAGCUGAUCUUCAAUGGGGCAUGCCUGUUAACUGAAGGUUGUGUUUUGCCCUGCUGCGCAGUUGCUGCUUGAGACUUCUGUUUCGGUUCUAUAUCUUUGUCUCGUUCCCUCCCACCCACUCUCUUAUUAUUGUAUUAUAAAUGUAUCAUUUCCAUAUUCUGAAUAUAAAUCUUUGUCAGAGGGAAUCACACAGAAGCUCACUAUUUUGGGACAAGUCAUUUAAAAAGAAAAGAAAUAAAAAGCAGUUUUAAAUGAUGUUUACAGGUUGAAUCUUUUGGUUUAUUCUUCUUCUGUAUGACUGUGGGCAAUAAAACCGUGAAUGUGUUGAAGUUCUGA